AUGUCAUUGCCAGGUUCUCUUUCACCGUCAUCAUCUCCUUUUAUAUCUUAUGUAAAUUCCAUGUAUUUCCUUGAUGAAGAAGAGGAAAAUGAGCCUAUGAUCGAAAGAGAACCUUUACCUGUUUCAUCAGAAUACGAUUUUUUUUGCAGGAACUAUUUUUCUGACGAAACUAUAGAUAGAUCGCACUGGUAUGCUCAAGCUAUAAAAGAAAAUCCUGAAAUUUUAGAAUAUAAAGAACGAGUUAAUCCGAUUUCAAGAGCUGCAAAGUUUGGACGAUUAUAUUUACCUUCAAGUAGACUCAUACAGCAACCAAUUCUCUUAUCACUUAUUUCACAGCACUUACGUACACUCGGUUUAAUAGGAACUCAAACUUCAUUACUUUCAGAAUGGAAUGCACCUAUGGACAUACCUGCAUAUAUGAAGAAAUCGCAACUCACGUUUUUGAUACAGCGCGGUAUAAGCAAAGCAGAAAGAUUUUGGGAUCUCACCCAAAAUUGUACUGAAAUGACAGAUGAAGAAAGGAAGACCGCUAUAGAUGAAGAAAUUUCACGCACAAUUGGCGGUGCUCCAAACAUUGACGAUCUGAAAUCAGAUGAUUCAGAAGAUAUUCCCCCGAUUUUUGAUAAUAAUGGAUGUCUUCGCGCAGCCACGCUUAAGCAAUUGAUAUUUCUACUUACAUCACCACCAGAUUCAGAAAAAUACAGUGAAGUUGAAUCUGCUUUUCUUCUGACAUAUAAAAGCGUUGUUUCAUCACAGCAAUUGUUCAUUCAUAUCAGAGAUAGAUUCCGUCGUUGCGUUAAAGAAGAAAACAGAGAAGCAGCCAUGUCAUGCUUUUAUUUAAUCCAAAACUGGAUGACAAAAUCCUCUGAAAUAGAACAGCCGAUUAUAGAGGCAAUUAAAUCUUUUUACGAAAAGGAAGUCAAGUCAAUCGUAAACUGCCCUCUCUCCGAGCCACUAAUUUCGGAAAGUGACAGUGCUUCCCUUCCAUUUGGUGUCACUUUUCCUCCCGUUGAUUUAGGAAAUUGCAGUACCUCACUUUGGACGGGAUCCUUCAAGAUUACAGACUUGCCAGCACUUGAAGUAUCGAUGCAAAUAACUGUCUGGACUUCUUCGAGGUAUUAUGCCGUAGAAAGAUCUGAAUUAUUGAACGGAAGUUGGCAGAAUCCUCGUUUGAAGCAUAGAAGCCCUAACAUUGUCAGUAUUAUUGACCAUAUGAACCUUAUUUCUAAAUGGGUUUCGACACUUAUCAUUAUGAGUCCAAAAUCAGAAGAAAGAGUUAAGCUCAUGACAUAUUUCAUUGAUGUAAUGCAAUGCCUUUUCGAUUUACAGAACUACUGCGAUACAUACGCCAUACUCGGAGGCUUUGAAUCCCCAGAAGUUUUCAGAUUACAUAAUCAUUUCAGCCAACUUCCAAAGAAAGAGCGAGAUUUCUUCAACAAAGUGCAUAAGAUCUUCAUGGAAGGUGGUUCCAACAUGAAAUUGAUUAGAGAAUUACAUGAAUCAUCCCAAAAGACAGAAAAACCGAUUAUUCCUUACCUCGGAAUCCUUCUUUCGGAUAUAUUCAAGUACUGCGAUGUAGAAAAGAAUACAAUUGACGGAAUGUUAAAUAUCUCAAAGUCAUUGAAGACAUUUUCAUACAUAGAAGCAUUUCUGUCAUUUAAGAAGCAUAAGUAUUACUUCCUACCCAUUAUUCAAGUUCAGGAUAAGUUAGAUGUACUUCCAUUCCUUGAUUCUACUUAUCUUUAUGAGCUUUCUCUUGAUAUUGAAAAUGAUGCAUCUUCAGGUUAA